AUGUAUGGAUUUGAAAUAAAUCAAUUAGCUAAUUUACUUAAACAAUCUGAUCCAAAUCGAGAUGAUUCUGAUAGUGAUGAUGAUCAACCAAAGAAAAAUGCAACAGCUCAUUUUACUCCGGCAAGUUUUAUUUCACAAGCACAAAAAACUGCUAAAACUAUUGAAAAUGUGAAUGCUGAAACUUUGAAAAAACCUUCAACUGUUAAUUCAAAAGAUAUUUGGCAAAUUGAUGAAGUACCUGAUAAUAAUAUACAAAUACAAGAUCAAGUAGACAAACGACCACAACCAGAAUAUGAAAUGCAUUAUAAACAACGAAUCACAACAGAAGAUGUUUUUCUUCAAAUGGGCAAUAAAAAUCCAUCGUCAGCUAGUUGUGAAGAUCUUAUGGUUAAUAUUCAAUUACCAAAUACAAAAUUAAGUGAUAUUAUUUUGGAUAUAAAAAAGUCAUUUCUUGAUUGCCGCUGUCCGAAAUAUCGUCUAGCAUUAUCAUUACCUCAUCCUGUUGAUCCUGAUAAUUCUCAAGCAAAAUGGGAUAAAGAUAAAUGUUUACUUCAAGUAACACUGAAACUUGUUCGAGAAUAUGAUGAUUUCAAUUUUUAA